CCAGGGCUGUUGCCCCCCCCCAACCUCUUUCAGCUACCUCAGCACAGCCCGGGGGGGCUCCUGCCCAACCCCCCCCGCGGGGGGCUGCACGCCCAGCCCGGGCCCCGCCCGGGGGUCCCCGAAUCCCCGGGACCCCCGGGGGUGUCCCCAAAAUGUCCCGAAAUCCCCCCGGGGCCUCCCCCGGAGGAGCCGAGCGACCUGGAGGAGCUGGAGCAGUUCGCCCGCACCUUCAAACAGAGGAGGAUCAAGCUGGGCUUCACCCAGGGGGACGUGGGCCUGGCCAUGGGGAAGCUCUACGGGAACGACUUCAGCCAGACGACGAUCUCGCGCUUCGAGGCGCUGAACCUCAGCUUCAAGAACAUGUGCAAGCUGAAACCGCUGCUGGAGACCUGGCUGAGGGACGCAGAGACGAUGUCGGUGGACUCGACCCUGCCCAGCCCCCCCUCGCUGGGCCCCCCCUCCCUGGGGGGCUUCGAGGGGCUCCCGGGGCGGCGGCGCAAGAAGCGAACCAGCAUUGAGACCAACGUGCGCUUCGCCCUGGAGAAAUCCUUCCUGGCGGUGAGAGAAAGUCCCGGAAUGUUCCGGAAAAUCCCUGGAAAUCCCGAAAAUCCCCAAAAAACCCCGCGAGAAACGGCCCCGAAACGGCCCCAAACCCAUCCCAAACCCAUCCCAAACCCAACGUGCGCUUCGCCCUGGAGAAAUCCUUCCUGGCGGUGAGAGAUUGUC